CUUCCGUUUGAUUCAAUGUCAUUUAUAAAUAUGCAGAAUGUAUAUAAGAGGUUAUAUACUAUAAUAUAAGCUAUCAUUGUUCGAGUUGCAACCAAGAAUUAUCACCACUAAGAUUCCAAAAAUGAAAAAAUAUUUUUUUAUCGUGUUGCUCUUAGCUGUAGGAAUAGAUUUAAGUCAUCAGGAAGAUAAAUGUCACUCUAAUAAACUGCAAGAUUGUCUAUUCAUUUUAACAACUUAUGCUAAAGAGCAUGACUCACCUUUCCCAAGAAAUGAAGAAGAACUUAAAAUACAAUGCACAUACUUAGAGGACAUGAGAAACUGUGUAUAUAAUUAUAGUCGAGUAUGUAUGACAGAUCUGGAAAGAUCUCUUGGUGACUUAAUUCUAGCAGGAACAGCACAAAGUAUGAAAGAUAUGUGCAAUCCUUCUCAUUCUUUAUAUCAAAAUUUCCUAAAAGAGGCUGAAUGUAUUAAUGACAAAUAUGGAGGAACAAAGAGCUGUUUCGAUGAUGCUUUCGCAACUAUUGAGGUUUUAGAAGAAUCAAAAUCUACAGAUAGAAUACAUUUAUUAUGCUGUGGAGUUAACCGUUUCCGAAAAUGUGUUGGUGAUUAUUUCGAACCUGCCUGUAGCAAAACAGUGGUGGAAUUUAUAGAUAAAAUAUUAGAAUUUGUAGCUACGGAAUUUGCAUUACAAAUCUGUACUUCGUACGAGGAUUUCAAGCAAGGAUGCCCCAAGUUACCAUCAGGAGAAGCAUUAAAAGGAACAUAUAAAAAUAAUCUCCUUGGUGAAUUUCUUCAACCGUUUUACAGAGCUUAAACUCUGUUAAAAUUAUUAAAAAAUAAAAAAUAUUAUUUUUUGUUAAAAAAAAA